AUUCUUUUUUUGGACAGUUCAUAACCUGUCAAUGUUUAACUUGUUGCCAUGGAUACCAAUGAUUCUGACAUUAAGGAUUCGAUGUGUCUGGGCGAUACUAUAUAUACUGCAUGUGAAACUGUUUGUUCUUUGUCAGGACUUUCGUGAUGAAGACUUACACCAUAGUUAUUGUCAAUUACUCUAUUCACAAUUGUUAUUCUGCUUGAAACUAUUCUGAAAUAAACUAAAUCCACUUUGGAGAUUUGUAAACUUUAGAAGUGACUGGUGAGAGUAAGCCUGAGGUGUAAGGCCACUCCUGCCGCAGAGGCUCAGACCUCGACCUGACAUUCAAAGAAAGCAACAACAGCUGCACAUAUGGAAUUUGUUUCCUGGAUAUUGGAGAGUGAACAAGGAAGCUAUGAAGACAAUGCUGAUGCUGGGGAAAAGAGUAAGCCAAUGGAAGGGGGUGUCCAUAGCCAUUUAGAGGAGAGGUUCCGUCCUUAUAUUGAUCUGAUUGAUUCUUUGAGACUGAUUGGAAUUGAAGAUUUAGCUUUGCCAACUAUAGCUGUUAUUGGAGAUCAGAGUUCUGGAAAAAGCUCUGUGUUAGAAGCGCUAUCUGGAGUGGCAUUGCCCAGAGGAAGUGGUAUUGUGACAAGAUGUCCACUGGAGUUAAAGCUGAGGAAGAUUAAAUGUGGUGUUCAAUGGCAAGCCGUAAUAUCUUACAAAGAUCAGUUCAUUGAGUUUGAUGACCCAUCACUGGUUGAGGGCUACGUUAAAGCAGCCCAGAAUGAGCUGGCUGGGGAAGGUUUUGGGAUUUGUGAUGAACUCAUCACCCUGGAGAUCAUGGCUCCUGAUGUGUGUGACCUCACACUGAUCGAUCUCCCUGGGAUUGCCCGAGUUCCUGUAAAAGGUCAACCGGAGGACAUCGGACAUCAGAUCAAAAAUCUCAUAUGGAAAUAUAUAGAGAAGGACCAAACUAUAAAUUUGGUCGUGGUCCCAUGUAAUGUUGACAUAGCAACAACAGAAGCUCUGAAAAUGGCACAGGAAGUGGAUCCUGAAGGAAAAAGGACAUUGGCUAUUCUCACAAAGCCAGACCUUGUAGACAGAGGAACAGAAAAAAACAUCUUGAAAAUAGUCCGAAAUCAGGUCAUUCCCUUAAGCAAAGGGUAUCUCAUCGUUAAGUGCCGUGGCCAACAGCAAAUUGAUGAUAAAAUCUCUCUGUCUGAGGCCACUCGAGUAGAGAAGGAAUUCUUCAGACAUCAUGAAUUCUUCAGUUGCCUGUUGUACGAGGAGAAAGCAACUAUUCAGUGUCUUGCGAAAAAACUGACUCAAGACCUGGUUGAUCACAUCAAAAAAUCGUUACCUCUGAUCUCAGAGGAUAUCAAGAAGCAGCUGUGGAGCUUGAGAAAAGAGCUAAGUCAGUGUGAAGCUGGUCCACCACUGGACCCACAGAAGAGGAAGAUAUUUUUUAUUGAUAACUUGACAAAAUUUAAUGAUAAGAUCAACCGCUUGGCAUCUGGGGAAGUGGUCAACAAUGACAACUUGUUUGUAAUGCUUCGGUCUGAAUUCAAAAAGUGGAAAGAUUAUCUUGACAACACAAAGGCAUCAUUCCACAAAACGGUCCAGGAAGUGGUGAGUGAAUAUGACCUGAAGCACAGAGGACGUGAACUGCCUGGUUUCAGUGACUACAAGGUGUUUGAGAUGGUGGUGCAGAAGCUUGUGAUCCAGCUAACAGGACCAGCUAUUCAGACACUCAGGGGCAUCAGAGAAACCAUUCAGAAAGAGUUUUCAGAUGUGUCCAAAACCUGCUUCCUCAACUACCCUUUCCUCCAGUGUGUUGCUAUGAACAAGAUCGACAACAUUCAGUCAAAGCAGGAAGCCAAGGUGGAGCAGAGGAUCAUGGAGCAGUUUGAGAUGGAGCAAUUGGUCUACACUCAAGAUGGCAUCUACUUCAAGACCUUGAAUGAGAUUAAGCCUGCUAAGGGAAAAAAUGCUUCAGAAGACAACUUUGCUGGGUUUGACAACAGAAACAAAUAUCCUGAAAUGCUGCAGGCUUAUUAUGAGAUCGUGGUGCAGCGCUUGGCUGACCAGGUGCCCAUGCUGAUCCGAUACUUCAUGCUGAAGGAAUCCGCUCAGCUGCUGUGCAGUGAGAUACUGGGUUUAGUGGAUGGUACCAACGUGGCCGAUGCCUUGCAUGAAGAGUCGGAUGUCAGCAGACGCCGCAUUGACAUUCAGAAACGCAUGGACCGUCUUAGCCUUGCUCAAGACAAACUCAGAAACUUUGUUUGAAGCCAGGGGCCACUGUAUAGCAGGAUUUUACAUCCUUUCUAGUUUAGCACCUGAAUCAACCUAUCAGCUAAUUACAUUUGUCUGAAUGUGGUGUGUUAAAAGAGGGAAAUGCUAAUCUCUGUAGGUUUGUGGCCCAUGUCACAUGUCCCACUGAUCGCAUGUUCUGUGUUACUCCUAAUAAGCAACCCUAUUUACGUUCUGGUUUCUGUGUGUUCCAUUGUCAAGCUUUUGUUGUUGUGUAUGCCACAGUUUUCCUUGUAGUGUGAUGUUUUUAGCUUGUUUUACCACUGUUCAAGUUAAUGCUUUUGUUUAGAUUUUUGUCAUAGUCUUGGUUGGUUAGGUUGUACUUUUCACAAUAUAUAAGCUACAUUUGCAUCCACCUUCCCCUCCCAAUCAUGACAAACACCCUCAUAUUAAAGUUGAAAGUCUGCACUUUGAA